AUGCUUUCUUUCUGUUCCCAUCUCUCAACCCAACCCCGGCAGAACCAGUGGCCUUCUGGACCAGGCUGUUCAUCCAAGGAGACCACGUCGAUGGAUGUGGUCACCAGCCUUCCUCAGGUAUUCGACAGUUCAUCCACUCCGUGCACCACAUCCUCGUCCUCGUCCAUCCCCACCACCUCGUCCACGACAGUGAAUAGUCACGAGCAAACACCCACUGACAGUCUUUUUUCAUCCUUGUUCACCGCACAACAUGAUCUAUCUACCCAGUUCUUGCCCGGUUUGAACGCGGCCGGAAUCACUGUCUAUCCGGUUCAGGUGUCGGCAAACGGACCCACCGUACUGGUGGCCGCCACGCCCUCGUCCACUUCGGCAAUUGGCACGAAAGGAUUUCUGAAUCGGACCGGUCUGAUCUCUAUUCCGACUGUGACCACCACCACGGCCACGACCACUACAACCGCUGUCACGAACAAACUCAUCCCCACGUGUUGUGCGGUCACGUGUACAAGCACCGCAUCUGCCACAGCCGCAAUCACAAACUCGAUUUCGGGUACUUUUGCCGGUACUCUGCUCAGUCCUGCCCUGACCGUGUCCACAACUGCGUCCAAUUCUUUACCACGAACUAAGCCCAAAUUCAAAGCCCUAUGGGAAUCGAAUCUGGGCAACACCGCAGAAUCUGAUGGGAUGCGUGCUAUGCAGACUACCGAUUCCCCGGUUGGUGAAUCGGUGCCAGAUCAGACUAGUUUAUUGGUAACCAGCUCAUCUACACGGAUCGUGAAUCACAUAUCCAAGCGCCAGUCACCGAUUCUCAUCGGGAGCAAAUCCAUUGGUCAAACACCAAAACGAUUGGCCGCAAGUGCAGCCUCGGCUGCUGCGGUUACGGUUAUCCCAACAUCUUCCCCAUCCUCCACUCCUUCCUCGUCCUCUACCGCUACCACGGUCAUCAACAGUACCGGGACUAGCAACUGUGCGCAAGAUAGCGAACGUAAAUCACCAAGUCAGCUGGACGGGGGGUCAAAGAAACUGUUACUUGUGUGCUCUCAACCGCAACAACCAGUUCCGAACUCCGGUCGAUUGGUCACAACCAUCAAUGCUACCGGUACUAAUGUCCAGUCAGAAGCGGUCGUCGAACCAACAUUGGCUAAAGUCGUGACCACCACACAAAACCAACAACAACAACAGUCGGUCGGUCGAGCGCGUGUUUCUGCUGACUCCGAACAGUCCGAACUCGUAUUCCUAACCAAUCCCAGUGUCUCACUUGCCUCCUCCACUGGGAUCGGCGGUUCGAGCACUUUGCAUCCGAACAGUCAAUCCCCCGGACUAACCACUGUGUCUCAAUCAGCCGCCCAGUCCGGAGGACUGUUUGUUCCAAAUCGAGGUACCACAGUGGUAUUGGUCAACCACAACACAAGUCAUCACAAUCACAUCGGCAAUAAUAACAACAACAAUAACAACACAGUAACAGCAACAGCCGCAACAACAACCACAGUCUCCGCAGUCCCAACUGGCGGUUCUCAAUCGACUGACCCAACGCGUGUGGCACCGGUGCCCAUGUCGGUUUCAGCAUCCGACUCGGAGGUCAGUGCCUUGCCAGUUCUGGCCAGCAGUCAAAAAAUCAUGGUGGAUAUAAGCCAACGGAUCAUGCGAACAGACGAGGCGGUAAGUCGAACUAGCACCAUCACCACCGACACCAGUGGGUCAGAUCAGAGGGACAGAUGGUGGCUGGGGAUAGGAGAGAGCAUUAUAGAUGUAACAGAAAGAGGAUCACACAUAAACAGCAUGGGGGGAUCUGCAAUAGAUGGGGUAAAUUAUGAUGUACAAUAG